AUUGUCCGGUCUCUGGAUGUUGGCGCAAGCACGGCACUCGUAGAAUUGACCUGAGUUCGCCCCGCUCUCUUUCCAUUGGCCCAUGAAUGACGUGCGUCUCCUGCGAUGCAAAACAGCAUAGCAGAAGCAAUCCGCCCCACAUCUCGUUUUGUCACAGCGGCCAUCAAGAAGUGCAGGAGCACCGCAAAGUGGAGCGCAGCGCUAAGCCUGCUCAGAGAGGCGUCGCAGCUGCAGGUGCGGCUUGACACCAUCCUGUAUACCGUUGCCAUCGGCGUGUGCGGGGAGGGCAGGCAGUGGCAGUUGGCGCUGAUGCUGCUUGGCGAACUGUGCGAUGCCAGGCUGGGGCCGGACGUUAUCAGCUGCAACGCCGGGAUCAGCGCGUGCGAAAAGGGUGGGCAAUGGAGGCAGGCGUUGUCGCUGCUCGAUGGCAUGCUUGCCGCGAUGUUGGAGCCCGACGUCAUCUUUUGCAACGCUGGCAUCAGCGCGUGUGAGAAGAGCGGGAUGUGGCAGCAGGCGUUGUCGCUGUUCGGCGACAUGUCGGAGUCGGGAUUGGAGCCAGACGUCAUCAGCUACAGUGCCGGAAUCAGCGCGUGCGAGAAAGGCGGGACAUGGAGGAGAGCGCUGCAGCUGCUCCGCGAGCUGCGAGAGGCGAGGCUGGAGCCCAACGUCAUCAGCUACAAUGCUGCAGUCAGCGCGUGCGAGAAGGGUGGGCAACUGCAGCAGGCACUGUCGCUGCUCCGCGAGUUGCGCGAGGCGAGGCUGGAGCCGAGUGUCAUCAGUUACACGGCCGGGAUCAGCGCAUGCGAGAAGGGCGAACAUUGGCAAUUGGCUUUGUCGUUGCUCAACGAAAUGUCGGAUGCGAAAUUGCAGCCCAAUGUCAUCAGUUACACGGCCGGCAUCAGCGCGUGCGAUCGAUGCGGGCAGUGGCAGCACGCGCUGACGCUUUUCGGCAAAUUGCUGGAGGAGGGAAUGCAGCCAGAUGCAGCCUGCUACAACGUCGGAAUCAAUGCGUUCAGGGAGGGCAGUCAGUGGUUUCGAGCUUUGUCGCUGCUAAGCCAGCUGAGGGACGCGAGACUGGAGCCCGACGUCAUCAGCUACAGCUCCGUGAUGAGCGCGUGCGAGGGAGGCCUGCAGUGGCUGCAGGCGGUGUCCCUGCUCGCAGACCUGCGGGAGGCGGCGCUGGAGCCAGACGUGGCCAGCUACAACGCCGCCAUCGGCGCGUGCGAGGAGUGCGGGCACUGGGAGCACGCGCUGUCGCUGCUCGUGGGGCUGCGUGAGGCGGGGCUGGAGCCAGACGCCUCUGCUACAACGCUGCAGUCAGCGCGUGCGAAAAUGGUAGGCAGUGGAAGCAGGCGCUUGCGUUGCUCAGCGAGCUGCGGGAACGGUUGUUGGAGCCCACUGUGAAUAGUUUUUCCGCGGGCAUCAGCGCGUGCGAGAAAGGACGGCAAUGGCAGUUUGCGCUAUUAUUGCUCAGGGAGUCAGUGGAGGAGAGAUUAGCACCGGGCGUUAUCGGCUACAACGCUGCCAUCAGCGCUUGCGACGGCUGCGGGCAGUGGCAGCAGGUUGUGGCGCUGAUCGGCGAAAUGCGCGAGGUUGCUUUAGAGCCAGAUAGCACGGGCUGCAGCGCCGGAAUCUUUGCAUGCGAGAGAGACGGGCAUUGGCAGCAGGCUUCAUCGUUGCUUGGCGAUCUGACGAACGGCAAAGUUUGGGGAACCGAGCGCCUAGUCGGAAUGUGAAGCGGGCGCGCUUGUGCGCGCGUGUGUGUGUGUGUGUGUGUGUGUGCGUGUGCGCGCGUGUGUGUGUGUGUGCGUGUGUGUGUGUGUGUGUGUGUGUGUUCGGAAAGGGAGGAAGCAGCUUGAGCCGGACACCAUCGGUCAUGCAGUUGUUGUCAGUGUAGGUUUGAAACACUUUCUCGAGCACUUCUGCUCGAGCGGCGUUCAGCAGCACGGUGUCUCUGCGUAGGAGCCCCGUGUAUCUGCGCAAGGCGGCCUGCUCGAUUGGCAUUUGGCAGCGCGGUGUCUCUGCAUGUGAGCUCCUCUUCGCCCCUUCGCAAGAAGUGGGGUUUCGUGGACACGUUCGGCCUUCAUGCUCUCGCAUGCGUGGAGGUGUGUGCACGUCGGCACCAUACCCGCCAUCAUCACUGCUCUCUCG